GUGUCAACCUGACCUUAUUUGAAUCAUUCUGAGAUGAAUACUAGUGAGACAAGAAAAGAAGUAUUAAGUGAGUUUUUUUGGAGGCAUUCACAAUGUUGCCAAAAAUGCACAAUAAGAAAGAAUUUGAGGAAUUUCUGAAGAGCGCAGGACCCCGCCUUGUUGUGGUGAACUUUACAGCAAAAUGGUGUGGGCCUUGCAAAAUUGUUCGUCCUUUUCUUCAUGAAUUGGCUGUUCGAUAUGAAAAUGUCCUAUUCUGUAUCGUUGAUGUAGACUUGGCAGAAGAUGUAGCUGUCCUCUGCAAUAUUGUUGUUGUGCCAACAUUUCAGUUCUUCAUGAAAGGAGACAAGAUUUUUGAAGUAACUGGGGCUAAUAAAAAAAAACUUGAAGAGAAGAUUGAAGACUUUAUGUAAUCUUGAAGAAAGGAUUGCUGCAAUUCCAAAGCCUUCAAAUGACAGUAAAAUAACAUCUCCAUGGGUACUUGCUAGCCCUAUUACUGUACCUGCACAUUGAAUGAAAUGAUAGAGCCAAUACAACAGUAUAUAGCAGCUGUCA